AUGAAACAUCCAGUCACUGAAUUUCUGUUCAUUUUGAGCUGGAGUCUCACCUCUUCUCUUUAUUUUCAUCAGGGGGAGAAAGAAGAAAAGUGUAUCAUAGAGGAUAUUCCAGGUGAUACCCUGGUUACAGGACAUUAUAAAAUCCAAUCCUGGGAUUUGGCCACACGAGAUUUUCUUCCUUCUGCUCCAGGCUUGGGGAUGUUUGUGAUUGUCAAAGGUCCAGAUGAGCAGGUUUUGUUGCAUAAAUUGUAUGGGCCACAGAGUCGUUUUACAUUUCAGUCACACUCUCAAGGGGAACACCGUAUCUGCCUAACGUCCAACUCCACCAAAAUAGCAGUGUUUGCUGGGAACAAACUGCGUGUAAAUUUAGAUGUUCAGGUUGGCGAACAUGCUACUGAUGAGUCUCUUGAAGAAACCAAAGACAUGAUCAAUGAAGUGAAGACAAGAAUGCUGCAUUUACUCAAACAAAUGCAAUAUAUCAGUAGACAGCAGGACUAUCAGAGGUCACGUGAAGAAGAAUUUCGUCAAAUAAAUGAGGAAACUAACAGCAGCGUCUUAUGGUGGGCUAUGUUUCAAACCGUUAUUCUCCUCUCAGUGGGAGCUUGGCAAAUGAAGCAGAUGAAAAAUUUCUUGAUAGCCAAGAAACUAGUAUGA